CCUUCCAAUCCUUAAAGGCUUCCUGGAGGAGGGGUGAAUUUAGGGCUCACUAGUUGAGCCUGACGCCGCGAGGCUUGAAAUUGGCCUGGGUCCAGGCUCGAGAUGCGAAGGCGGCAGGUCGCGUCUCAGAUCCCCGCGGGGAGGGAGCGAGGAGCGCGGAGUCGGGCGGCCGGAAUCGGGCGUGGUUUAGGACCCGGGGCGGGCCUCCGGCCGGCUGUGGGACUCCGAGGUGGCGGCUGCAGGACCGCGGGCUGUGACUGUCCGGCUGUGACCCACUGCCCGGCUCUGCUCCCGGCGCUGCUCCGCGCGACCAUGACGGGCUCACUGUUCAAAGCGAACUUCUGGUGUUCAGACAUCCUCAGCACCGUUGGCUACGACAGCAUCAUCCAGCAUCUGAACAACGGCCGCAAGAACUGCAAAGAGUUUGAAGACUUUUUAAAAGAAAGGGCAUCAAUUGAAGAGAAAUAUGGCAAAGAUCUGCUCAACCUCUCCAGGAAGAAGCCAUGUGGACAGUCUGAGAUCAACACCCUGAAGCGGGCCCUUGAAGUCUUCAAGCAGCAGGUAGACAAUGUGGCACAAUGUCACAUUCAGCUUGCACAGACCUUAAGGGAAGAGGCCAGGAAGAUGGAAGAAUUCAGGGAAAAGCAAAAGCUACAACAGAAAAAGACAGAGCUUAUCAUGGAUGCUGCUCAUAAACAAAAGAGCUUACAAUUCAAGAAAACCAUGGAUGCAAAGAAGAACUAUGAGCAGAAAUGCCGGGACAAAGAUGAAGCAGAGCAGGCUGUCCAUCGGAGUGCCAACUUGGUAAACCCGAAGCAACAAGAAAAGCUUUUUGUGAAACUGGCAACUUCAAAGACUGCAGUCGAAGACUCAGACAAGGCGUACAUGCUGCACGUCAAUACGCUGGAUAAGAUCAGAGAAGAGUGGCAGAGCGAGCACAUCAAGGCCUGCCAGGUGUUUGAGGCUCAAGAAUUUGAACGAAUAAACUUCCUUCGGAAUGCAUUGUGGUUACACAUGAAUCAGCUGUCACAACAAUGUGUCAAAAGUGACAACAUGUAUGAAGAAGUCCGUAAGAGUUUAGAAAUGUGCAGCAUUGAGAAGGACAUUGAGUACUUUGUGAAUCAACGUAAAACUGGACAGACACCACCAGCACCCAUCAUGUAUGAGAAUUUCUACAGCCCCCAGAAGAAUGCAGCCCCACCAGGAAAGGCGACAGGGCCUAACGUAGCAAGGAGAGGACCUCUCCCAGUUCCUAAAAGCUUACCAGGUGACCCUGAUUAUUCUUUGAUUGGUGACUACAGCUUGAUCUAUCAGUAACAUCAGUG